AUGCCCUUUGAGAUCUCUGCAGGACUCGACCAGACCAUUAAUGUAUGGGUCAGUGAUCACAUCUGUCACAAACCUGGUCAGCCUGCAGAUAAUUUUGGACGAAGGCUUGUUUUGUCUGAUGGGUCCAGACAGCUAAGCAAAUGGUUGAAAUGCUACAACAGAGCUUUACAAGGGCUGUUCCAAGCAGUCACCAAUCAUCCUGAACACAAUCAUAGUGUGCAGGUCCAUAGUCUGGACCUGAGUGCAGACUCCACAGCACUCCCACUUCAGGAGUCUCAGGUGCUGUUUACAGAAACAGAUGUGACCUUGCUCCUGUCUGGUUGCUUUGAGUCCCAGGAAGCUGAGAGUGACAGAGAGCUGCAGUGGGAUUGCCAGUUUCACUCACGUGACUCCUCUUCCUUUAUGUUAGUUAACAUUUACCAUGAAAUGAUGACCAUAUACAAACAGCUAAAGGCGAGUGAGAAUGGCAAAUAGCAAAAUCAGCAGCAGUGGGAGAGAGAAUUGCAGGAGCGUGAAAGGAGGUUAAAACAACAAGAAGAGGCACUCCUUGUUUCCUUUCUUUCCACCCUGUCUACAUAAUAAUUCAUGGACUGUGUUCUAUAUGGUGUGACCGCUGUCUUCAUUUUUGUGUGAAUGUUCAGAAAACAUAAGGAAGAACGGAGCCGGCUGCAGGACCUUCUUCGAGAGAGGAACAGAGAAAACAAGAGGCUCAAAUGCAGCUUUGAAGCCAUCAAGGAGCUGAAUGAUAACAUGAAAAAGCAGAUUGGAAGUGAUUAUCUGUUUUUGAAUGAGAUCAGUGAACAAAACAGGAAGCUGGAGAGCCAGUCCAAGAAGGUGCGGGCUCGACUUAAAAACCUUCAGAGAAAAUAUGAGUGCAGUUUAGCAACAAGAAGCUGCCACAAAGGGAGUGCUGAGAGUACAGAGUGUUUAAAACCAUGCUACAAGGAGAAAACGGCCGCUUCCGGAAAACCCAGCAACAAGGGCAGCGUAACUCCCUCUGUUGUAAAGCUUAUUGUCCUUCUGCUGGAGUGGGUACUUGAUGGAGAAAUGUUCUCCUCAGUGACAGAAAACAAAGAGAAAGGUGUGGGCCAGAGUCUGCCUCCAGAGGUUCAGCUCAACGAAAGAUGCCUCAAGGUGCUGCCAUUAUUAGCAGACCAGCUUCAUCACACUCCUUUGUCAGAAUCUAAGCUCCUUUGCCUCAUUUACUCUGCUUUGAGACACUUGGACAACAACAUGCAGCAUGUAGCACUGUCUGCUACUCUGCAACGGAUAAGAGAGGAAGUGUCAAAGCCUGCAGAAGAUCCAGAUCCUAAGAACUGCACUGAAGCAGCUGGAAAUUUUAGAAGUUGGCCCCUUUACCGAACUGCUUGUCCUCAUACAUGGAUCCUUUCUAUCCUCAUCAUCCUUCACACCAUCACACACGCUGAUGUGCUGACCCAGGCACUUGAAAGUCUCCAUACGGAACUGAUGAAUGAGGAGAGUCGAGGCCUGUUCAUCCAGUAUGGAGGAGUGCGGAGGCUGCUUUCAGUUCUUCAGGCCAGCCGCGCAGGGCUCAACACGCCUAUAAACAUUCUGAUGAAACUCACUGAAGAGUCCCGCUACUUAAAUUCCUUUCUGUAGGCAUUUUUCCGAACAGCUUCUCAGCUCCUUAAAAACCCUCAUCUGGACUUCCCAUCUUUGAAGAAGUUCUCCAUCCUUCUGCAGAAGCUCUCCAACAUCAGGAAGAACCGUCAUCUGUUUGAACUCUUCUCCCUUCAUCUCCAGAUAGAAGAGCUGCAUCACAAAACCAAAAGCACAAACGCUUUCCUCUGCCUGAACCUCAGAUCAAUCCUCCACAACAUUAAAUAA